GUCAGACCUAAAACAGCAUUAGACAACUGCACACAAGGAAACCUCAAAAUGGAAAGACAUCUCCUCUUAGCAGUGGCUCUGAUCGGCCGUGAGUAUUUUCUGUUAUAUAUUAUUUUUAAAAUUUUCUCUCUUUUGGUAACAUUGUGACCCUUUAUAUAAAGACACAUGCAGGAAUCGGACAAUAUGUUACAGUAAAAACAGCCAUGGUCAAGAACUCAAGUUAUUAUUAAUCCUUUGAACAGGUAGGUCCCCAGUGAUUGGAACACACCAAAUCACAUUAGUUUGUCCCCAAGGCAACUUCCUACAAUAUGCAACUUAGUGUACUCGUACUGCCUUUCAUGAUGGCUAUUCUCACAAUGAGAAAAGUCUAAUGAAGGUUGUAACGAAGUAUAUAUUAUAUUGCAAUUAAAGAAUGUGUAUGUGGGAGAUAUCUGUAAAAAUAAUAUUUUGGGAUGUGGGAGCCUCUGCCGAAAUGGUUACAUAUAAACUUCUGUAUGUUUGGGUAUAAGGAAAAUUUAGACAUCUGUGUAUUGUUAACAAUAAAUAAAGGAAAUGCUAUCGUAAAAUCAACUCUAUGUAAUAUUGAAAAGUACUGUACACACAGAGUUCUAUGUAACGGAGCCUAUUUUCUAAACACUGAAUUAUAAACCAAAUAGCAAAAUAUAGGCUUAAAUAGACAAGCUGUGAGUUUUGAUUUUUUUCUUACAAAUAGUCGAUAUUUGGCUUAGCUUUUCCCCAAAGUAUAAAGAAAAAAAAGAGAAGAUUUUUAGGACUCAUGAUCGACUUGAAUAUCUUUGUCAAAGUUUUCUUUAUCCCUCUGAAAAAUAUACCACUUGCCUGUAGUUUCCCCAGUGUCUGAAAAUAUGUUAGCUAUGUCGCAAAUAAUCAGCACUAGAUUUAUUUUCAAGACAGGUGAGUUAUAGCAUUUACAUGCACGAAUGCAGCUUUAGUUUCAUUAACACAUUUGUCAUUGUACAGCGCUACAGAAUCUGACGGCACUAUACAAAUAAUAAAAUAAUUGUAAUGUCCCCUUUAUUUAGGCUGCAAUGCACUUAGCAUCACGGACUUUGUUUCUUGAAUUCAUGUUACAUCACUGUUCAGUCCUCUAAUGCAUCCGUAGUUAAUGAUAGAUUUCCAGAUGUUGUUAAACCACACCAUAUGGUUGGCAAACCAUAAAGAAUAUUGUAGUUCUUCUACUGUAAAAUUUUGAUAAAGUGGAUCGGCGGCCUCCACAAACCAAGUAACACAUUACUUUUUCAUACAGUUGUAGGUCUUGCUAGCAGUACUCCUGCCCAGUUUGAUGAUAUGAUUAAGGUGACUACAGUUAUAUAUGGUCUGGCAAACUUCUCCGAUUAUGGCUGUCACUGCGGCGUUAACAACCAAGGAAUGCCAGUCGAUGCCGUUGACUGGUAAGAUAAAUUUUAUUUUCUUGAAUAUGAGUAUUAUAAGCAUCUGCUAUAAUCUAAGUAUACAAUCUGUACAUUAGGUUCAAACGAUGUGCCUGUUUUAGUCAUUUGUUGAGUCUUUAUGGCAACAAUUUAGGACUAAGUUCUUUUUUAUGGUAUAGAAAUUUUAUUGAAUUUCAAAAGUCACAAAAUACAGUCAGUGCAGAAUGAUAGAACGGAACUUGUUAAAAGCAAGAACAUUGACACAAUCUAAUGGUCACUUGUUAGUAUUGAAGUAGGUCAUUGCUCGAUAGGUAUAGUCGUGAAGAAGGCCCCCAUCUUUAAAUGGGUAGAAUUUUGUGAAAUAUGAAGAACAGAGGUGGGAGAGCAUAAAGAUGUCCAAUCCACAUGUCUUUUGUUAGCAGUAGAAGCAGAAAAGGCAUUUGUUACAACUAAAACAAUUUUUUCAUAAUUUAAAAAAAAGUUUUGCGUGCGUCCUUUCCUUAUUUAAUAGUCUAAUCGGUGUAAUACAAAGUGCUGUGAAAUUGUAAUAUAAACGCUCAGGUACUGUGAUGUUAGUCAUAGCCAGGGUUAUUGCAUAGUGUGCAAAUUGUGGGGAAUAUCACAAUAAUCGCGUAUAUCUUUUCUUAAGGUGUUGCCACAGCCAGGAUUGCUGUUACAAUAAGGCUGAGAUUAGUGGAUGCAAUCCAGUAACACAGACCUACCGUUUCUAUGUAGAAGAGGAAAAGAAAGUGAAAUGCAGUAAGUACGCUUGUGAUGUCAAAAGGUCCCAUGCAGCUCAGCGCCUCUUGUGCAAAAAAAAACCGCAAACACACUUAACUCAUGAGCAGAUGAGAGUAGCUUGCUUUUCGGUAAUCAACGUGAGAUAUUUAGGCUCUAGAUGCAUUGAGAAACCAUACUCUAUGCAGCUCUUCUAUACAUCACUUGAUGUUGCAAAAAUAUAAACUAUUUGAGAUACUUCUAUGAAUGCAGUCCUAAUACAACUGAAACACUGCCAUCUACUGACGGAACAAUAUAAACUAGAUUCACACAUUAGUUGUUGCACAUAUUCUAACUUUAACAAAACUGUAUUCCUAACUCUAAAGUUUUCCUCUGACUCCACAGUAGACAGAAAAACAUCUUUUUCACGAUAAAAUAUAUCCAGACUUAGAAGUUAUUUUUUAAUUCUCACUUACAUAUAUUUUAGUAAAGCUCCGCUGGGUCUGAGUGAUUGUAAGCAUUUAAUGCACCUGUAUGUGGGUGCAGUGUACCUAAUGAAUUUAACUCUGCCAGUACAGUGCAGACUAUAAUACCCAUUAUCCACAUAUUAUGGAUGCUCAUAUGGUUCAUGUCCGCACAGACUGAAUGCAUCGUCAUUUUUGGCGUAAGUUCAUUAUGUCACAUCUGUACACAUGUGCAUCUUUUCCAACAUUCCUUGCAAAAGGAAGUUGAACCUAGAUUCAUACAGUUCUUUUUAAAAAAACACAAAAAAAAACCCACACAAAAUGCAUCAGCAAACUGACAUUUUUCCAUGUAUAAGACUGUUUUUUUUUCUAAAAUUUUUUAGUCUAAAAUUGGGGAUCGUCUUAUACACAGAAUGUUACUGCAGGGGUUAAAAAAAACACUUGUGCGCAGGGCCUAAGUUCAGAUGGCGCCUGCCACAUUUCAGUGUGCCACGGCUAACACACAUACCUGGCCUCCCUCCCGCCGUUCCACUUCUGAAUGCUGUGGCAAGGAGGAAGAGGUCCCUAUAUGCGUGGGAUCUGCAGCAGACAUCAGCAUUUACCACCAAUGGAGUUCCAAAGACAUGCCACACCAUAAAAGGAGCAGCCACAUUAAGGUUUGCUCCAACUCAGGCAUGUCUUGCUUUCUGAUUUAUAUUUAUGGGGGAGGAAAUGGGAAUCAGGGAGCAGAGGGAAUACUGCUGUGAUGUCCCAGCAUGUCCUCACACCACCUGCUGUAUUGUGGGAGCUGUAUCCCAGCAUGCACUAUAGAGCCAUUACCUUCACAGAGUACCGCAGCACAGGGGAGGCAUGAGAAUCAGGAAUGUGUUCUCCUCAGAAGUCACCUCUAAAAUAUCAAAGUUGUUCUACUUGAUGUUUAAAAUAUUGAUUUCUUAAUUUUGGGCUCAAAAGUAGGGGUCGUUUUACACAUGGGGGCAUCUUAUACAUGGAAAAAUACAGUAAUAAUAAUAAUGAACAUGAGAUGGGUGUUGAUAUAAUAAUAUUCAUUUCUGUUUUCAGUGAAAGCCCAUAAUCGGUGCGAGAAGAUGAUUUGUGAAUGCGAUGAGAAGGCCGCAAACUGUUUCAGGAAGGAGCUAGAAGAUUACAAUAUCUACUUUCGAAAUUUCUCUUCCCUUGGGGCUUGUAGAGGGCCCAGACCCUUCUGUUAGUCGCCCUGUUUCCUUUCCAGACACCUUACAAGUCGCGCAUCGCUUGGUAGUUUCAGUUCUUAGUGUGCUAGUGUGGAUUGGAGCAGAUUUUUAAAUUUGAAACAUUUUGUUAAGUGGGGCCUUAAAAUGGAAAAAAAAAAGCUUGUAUUUAUAUAUUGCUCCCAAUUAAACCAACACUAAUGUAUUUUUACAGACUGUACAACCCUGGCUUCAAGAUGUCAUUAAAGGGAACGUAUCAUUUAAAUGAAUGUUUUUGUGUUUUCUACCUU